AUGAUGGAGUUCCAUUCCUUCUUCGGCCCGACGGGCUAUUCGUACAGUAAUAGAUCAAGCAAAAGGAGGAUUAUUCAGGGCAGGCUGGCGCAAUCGCUCCCGCAUGCACAUGCAGGUGCGGAUUGUAAAUUCGUUGGCAAUAUGUCUACGCUGGUUCAAAUCCAGCUCGGCCUAACACUUCGCCAAUCGACUGUGAGAUGCUACGGGAAGCCGGCGACCGAAAUCCGCGAGACCUUAUCUAGAGAAGGGAAGCCCGACCAAAACCCAGUAGCCACCAUCACGAACGGAGAAAGGAGGACCACCAGGCCGCUAGAGACGCGCAAAAUCAGGGAGAAGGGCGAGCCGCAGAGGGUGACCACCGGUCAGAACAUCGAUUUCGCCGAGGAAGACGAGCGGCAAUUUGAGGGAGGCAAUUUGGGGAUAGGUUUUUUUUACAAAAUUAUCUAA